AAUGAAGGAAAAGAAGAAUCAAUAUGGAGGGACGCUCAAAACGAUACAAAAAGAUUGAUUUUUUGGGAGAAGGACAGGUACAUAGUGAAUUUAGUCAUGCGAUUAGAUACCUAAUGAUAACUUUUAAAUGUUUUCCUUUGUUUGGGGUUUAGUUCGCCACUGUAUACAAGGCUGAAGACCAGGAAACUCAUGCGAUUGUGGCAGUGAAAAAGGUGUGUAGUACUACUCGCAGAAAUAUGUCGUUCUUAGGGCUAUCAACAACUAAACAAAUCUUAGUUAUCGUUUCACUUUUAUCACUUGAUUUAAAAGGUAAAGACUCAUAGAUGGGAAGACAUUGCGGUUAUAGCUACUAGACAGGGGUGCUUAAAGAAGAAAACAUUUUUCUGAAUGUUCGGGAAUGAAUCUAUCGGAUACUUUGAUGAUUUUGACGCUGGAAGAAGCUUGAAAUUGUCAGGCUUAUUUCCUCAAUUUAUUUUUAUCUGCAGAGCAUUUUCGAGGAUCACUUCCUUACUUGUAGGACGUCUACUGUUGUAUUGCUUGUCCGAUAAUUGAUUGGUCACCAUUGCGGUUUUUAAUACCCUGCAUAACAAUUUUAUGUUCCUUGCAGAUCAAACUUGGUCAGAGGAGUGAGGCAAAAGAUGGUAAGUUAUUAAUAGCAGCUCUUAAGAAGAUCUAAGGUCAGAUUUUCCAAACUAAAAAGCGCCUAAUAUUUCUGCUCAUCAUCACUCAUGGUCUUGAGUGAAAUUUUCCUCUGGCAUAACCUUGGACAACCCCCUCCCCCCUCCCACCCUCCUCCCCUAUAUCAUCUCUCUUUUCUCUCAAUGAUCCAUUUGAAGAGAAGUUGACAACUGACUGCUGAAAUAAAAAUCAAUUAGAUGUGUUGAGAAACAUCAAGUGUUGUUUGCUUUGCAGGAAUCAACAGAACUGCAUUGCGUGAAAUCAAACUUUUACAAGAGCUGAGGCAUCCAAACAUAAUUGGGGUAAAAGAACAUUAAAUUCUCUCAACUCGACAUUAGCUAUAUGUUUUAAAUACACUAUUAAUACAUUGCUAUUAUUAAUUGUUUUUAUGCAUUGCAUAAAAUUUUGGCAUUGUUGUCUCCAAGUAGUUUAAAUUUCUUCAGCCCCAGAUGUCAUUCAUCAAGAUAGCUAUAGAUUAGAACAUCAGAUUAAACAGGAUUUUCAGUCCAGUUCUGCAGAGCCCGUGGUCUUUUUAGGAUCUUAUAUUAGCACCAAACACAUAUAAUUUUCUCCUUGUUGUAUCUUCACAGCUUCUUGAUGUAUUUGGUCACAAGUCCAACAUCAGUCUUGUAUUUGACUUCAUGGAAACAGAUCUUGAGGUAAUUUAGUAUUAAAGCAACCCUAUACAUUAGCCUUUUUUUUGUCUAAUUUGUGGGUUCAGUAAAAGUAUCAUUGGAAAAAAAGUAACAGUUUAUUUUAACUUUGAAUUAUGUAUUUACCAUUAUUUCAGGUUAUAAUAAAAGAUACAAGUAUUGUACUAAGCCCAGCAAAUGUCAAAAGCUAUAUGAUAAUGACAUUGCAAGGUUUGGAAUAUCUUCACAUGAACUGGAUCCUUCAUAGGGUAAGUAUACAAAGGAAUAGUUUGCUUGAAUGAACAAAGACCUGUGUGAACUAGCUGUUGCUUGAAAGUAUCAGGCAAUUCACCAUUGACUGACAAGCCUGACUACAGUUUAUGAUAGAAGAGUGUCAUUUAACUCAUUAUGUUUUUAUUUCAACUUUGCAGCUUAUUCUGCAUUAUUUUUAUCAACAUAUUUCCACUUAUAGCAAUAGCCAAAAGAUUUGAUAAGCUCAGAAUAACCAGGAACUUGAUGUGAAUUUUUUUCUAAAAUAUUAACCCUUUACUCCUUAACAUCAGUAUGCAUAUUCUCCAUACAACUCCCUAGACAUUUCCUAGGGUUUUGACAAGGAGAAUUUGUUCAACAAUCAAGAGCUUCUUUGGUUGAUGAUCAUCUCCUUUAUUCUCAUGACCUUAAUUUUUGAUUCAGGGGUGAUGUUGUAAGGAGAAAUUAGAUGUUAGUCACUCUUAGGGGUUAAGGGUUAAGAAAAGAACAUUAUAGAGGAAAUUAGUGUUAAAGGGGAAAGACUCACAGACCUCAAACAUGUGGUUAUAACUGCUGUUCAUGUUUGCAUUGUUUACCCUCAGGAUAUGAAACCAAAUAAUUUGUUGAUUGAUGAUAAAGGAGUUUUGAAGAUUGGUGAUUUUGGACUUGCCAGAUCUUUUGGAAGUCCCACAAAGGUGUAUACUCAUCAAGUAGUGACAAGGUCAGGACUGUUGAAUCAAUUUUUUUUUUCACAGAGUUUUUGAUUGAGAUCUGAAAUACCCAGCAAUACAACGAUUUCUUCAAUCUUGUUUGUUGAUGUAGCACUCCAUAAAGGGAUUGCAAAGGCUUUGGUGACUCAUUCUUCUUUUCAUAUUUUUUGCAGGUGGUAUCGUCCCCCUGAGCUUCUGUUUGGAGCAAGAAUCUAUGGUACAGGUGUGGAUAUAUGGGCUGUUGGUUGCAUUUUGGCUGAGCUUCUUCUGCGGGUGAGUGAAUCUUUCUGUAGGUCAACAAAUAUUAAUUUAUUAAUUUUAAAAGGCACUUUGAACAGUUAUCUCCAUUUAUUUCUUUUCUGUUGCAGCUUAUUAAAUAAGUUAUAACAAGAAGUUUUUUCUUCAGUUUGUGCAAUGAUUUGCUUAAUUUUUGCUUGUGAAAAUUCUAAAAUAUUUUUCUCUCCCUGUUUAUCAUUUAGGUUCCCUUUUUACCAGGUAGUUCUGAUUUAGAUCAACUCAGCAGAAUAUUUGAAACUCUUGGUACUCCAUCAGAAGAUUCCUGGCCGGUGAGUAACAUUCAGAUUCAUUUAAUUACAAUACAAUAUUUGUUAUUGAUCUUCUCCUAUAGGGGAUAUUCAGGGACAAUACAAUACAGUAAAAAGCAAAAAAAGUUAAUAGAAAAUUGGCUAGAUGUUAACCCAGUGGGCUCUAAUAUUUUUUCUUUUUUUUUUUCUAUGUUAAAAAAAUCAUAUAUUUCUUAUCUACCCAAGGGUGUCACAUCUUUACCAGACUAUGUGGAAUUUAAGAAAUUCCCUGGGAUUCCUUUAAAGGACAUAUUUUCUGCUGCUGGUGACGACCUUUUGGAUAUGCUUGACAGAUUGCUGGAUUGCAAUCCUGCUGGCAGAGUAAAUGCAACUCAGGUAAAUUUUCCAAAAAUGCUUUAAAAUCCACUCGUCUGGCGCUAACGGGGAACAUUGUUUUAGCUGGUAAUGGCUCAUAUGCUUUGGUGAAUGAUCAAAACUGCAAACCAAUUGGUCAAGAUUUAAGUCCUGCCAGCUGUUGUGUUAGUAAUGAUACAUCAUUCUAAUGCUCCACUCACCAUGAAGUAAAGGUGGCAAUGGCAGUGAGGGGUUGAUGAACUGGGAUCUCAACGAGGAUGUUGCUGGCAGGGCCUGGGUGUAAGAGAACCCCUUCCCCUCCCCUCCCCUCCCUCUUGUGUGAGAAAGUGAUAAAAUUAUGAUUUUAGAACAACUUGCAUGCUCCUGAAGUCCUGUAAAAAUGCUGGUGAUGAUUAACCAUCCUGUUAAGAAUUUCUGACCACACUCCACUUCACAUCAGAAGAAGUGAGACAAUGAACUCAGCGCGAUGGUCACGUAGCUUGUGGAUAUACUUUUGCAUCAAACUUCUUAAAAAGAAUUAUUGAUUCCCUCCAGGCUCUUAAGAUGCCAUACUGUUCCAACAAACCCGUCCCUACGCCUGGGCACCUACUGCCACGCCCUAAGAUAUCGGCACCCGCAGGUAGUAAAAAGGAGGAGGAAAACUCAUUGAAAAGAAAAAUGGUUGAUUCAAUGGCUGAUUCAGGUGAU